AAAUGCGCGUCAAAAAUAUUGACAUAAGAUAUCGUCUUUUAAUGCUUCAUCGACCACACAAAGAAGCAGUUGACAUAUUGCCUCGUUUAGUCAGUCGCGAGACAGACCCGAGUCUCUUGAACUGUGGCAACCAAUCAACUAGAAAGGCAUGUAGGUCAAGACGUUUUCUCUACUGCCUACUGGCUAGCAAAUCAUGGAUCAAGGAAUCCAUUAAUAGACGUCUUGAUAAACACUGCUUUGUAUCGUUAGAAAAGCCAGCCAUGAAUUGUUAGCUUAGUGUAAAAAUUAGAACAGAGAUCGUAAGAAACUCGGAGUGUGGCUGUAGAACGUUCAUGCGUCGCAUGCAGAACCUAUAAGAGCCUCGACUGAGAGACUCAGUUUCGGGAUUUUUUUACAAUAGUAUUAAUAACUUGUACUGGCUGGUACACACUGAGACAUGUCAACACUGAGUCGACCAACACUGAAUAAGAAGCGACUAAGCUGGAUAGAUAUGACUACAUCAUCCAGCCACCAAAAGAUUCGAAUAACAAGAAGAAUCGUUCAACUACAGCAAGAUAAAUUUGCCUCUACGCUUCUCGAUGAAGGAAAGCAGCUCUGUUGUGAGUACGUAGAUGCUAAGCUUCAACGUGAGGGCCUUAAGCGAUCUUCAGGCAGCUACUGGACGUCAGGUUCUGCUCAAAGUUUCGGAGAAAAUUGGCCAACAAUUUCUGCACGUGUUCAAGAAGUUGGCUGGAUGUUAGAAGAGUGUUAUCCAAGGCUUUACACAGAUAUUUCACAGCACGUCAAUGUGCCUUUUACUAGUGAAGAAGUUGUCCAUGAUUUGUUUCGACAUGUGUGUGCGGAGAUAUUAUCUGACGGUGUUAAUUGGGCUCGUAUCGUAGCCGUCUUCCAGUUUGCAGGGGCUCUUGCUGCAGAGUGUUACAAGGAUAGUAGAAGUGUUUAUGUUAAUGAUAUUUCUAGUUGGAUGUACGAAUUAACAGCGAUGUAUCUAAUAGAUUGGAUCAAACGACGAGGUGGCUGGGUUGACAUUCUGCGCGCAUUUCCUCGUUCCAGCAUAGCAGAUUACAUCAUCACCUCGCGUGGAAGAUGGCGRGUUGUAGACUACCUAACGAACUGGCUGUUCUACGUCGUUACGAGAUUAAGAGAAUCAUCGCGCGCUUGUGUGCGCACGAUAGGUCUUAGUAGCGAAUAGAACUGCCUUUGCAAUAGUCACAUCAUGACUACAGUGAAUCUUGGGAUACCUUGGGGAAAGACCUUGGUUUAUUGGGUGGAAAAUCUCAUGGUACGAUUUGCGCAUGAUGGUGAAAACUCGGGCCAUUAUGGUAGAAAAUUUUAAAACUUUUGCAUCUAAUAGCGAUAUCAUUUUUUAGAGGAUUCAAAAGGGAAAUCAGAUACUAUAUUUUUUGUAAAAUUACAACGCACAGCACAGCACGGCAUUGACGACAUUCGUGCCGUAUAUGUUUUUACAUAUAGAUUUUUCAGAAUCAAAAUUUGAUAGUGAUUGGGAAUAAGGUAGAAGUUCAAAGUUGAUCGCAUGAUCUCAGAUCAUACUUCCGUCUUAUUAAAGAUUUAAUUUCAGGGCCGUUCUUUUACGACACUGCAUUAUUCCUCGGUCAGAGGUUACUCCCAGUUGAACAGAGCAGAUUUUGCGGUUCACGAAAGACAGUAUCAGCUUCCCUUUGUAGCCAGUUAACCACAAAAAACUUGUACAAUGCUGUCAGCAAAAACAAAAAAUACUGCGAUUAAGGCUCCACACUGAGAGCGAGUGGUUCUAGGAUAAGAGAGGUUCGCAUGUCUUUUUUCCGUUUUGUUUUUUGCUUGUUAUUUUUGGCUUUGGACACAUUUUUAGUUUUUGAAUUUUUAAGAUUUUAAAGAGUUUACAAACAAAAUAAUAUUUUAAAAUAAAACAUCAUUAACGCUAAGAAAAACGUGAUUUUCUUUUACUUUAUAACAUUUAAACUCUGAUAAGAAGGGUUGUGCCCCUACCACRUAUAACCAGUAGUUCCCUGUCCUUAUGUCCUUGAGGAAGGCAAGGGCAGAUCCAGGGGGGGCAAAAGGGGACUGAAGCCCCCCUCAGCAAAA